AUGUCGCUCUUCGGAAGCAAUCCUCUGGGUAGCUUGGGCACCUCGACCAGCGGAACCCAGCAGCAGGGCAACACGGGAGGAGGUUUGUUUGGACAGCAAAACAACACGAACAACCAACAAACGAGCUCGACGCCUGCUUCAGGCGGUCUUUUCGGAAACCUGGGUCAAAACAAGCCUCAGACAGGCGGCGGAUUGUUCGGCGGAGGCGCUGCUACGACGGCACAACCGGCAUCGGGAUCCUCGCUGUUUGGCCAGCCGCAGCAGCAACAGCAACAGCAGGGCCAGCAGCAGCAGUCCGGAGGACUCACAUUGGGAGGCUUGGGUGGACUGGGAGCAUCGACGGCGCAGAAGCCAUCUCUCUUUGGCGGCAAUCAGCAGAACCAGAACCAGACGACCGGCACGACCUUCGGCCAAACCAAUACCAAUACCCUCGGCAGCUCUCUCUUCCCUCCGCAGCAGCAAACCCAGAAUGUCAACAACCAGUCACAGGCCCAGCAAGGCCAGCCGUCGGGUGCAUACUUUGACAGUCUUUUUGCGAAGAGCAAGAAGCAGGGAGACGGCGAGAGUGGCAUGGAAGACCUCCCCAGCCUGCAAUUGGGCCUGGGCGACCUGCGCCAGCGCUUGAAGAAGCUAGGAACAAAGACACAAGAGCGUCCGUCAGAUGGAAGGGCACACUACCUUCUCGCUGCGUCGGGUGUCGACCCUGGAAUGGCUGCCAAGGACCUUGGGUCCCUUGACUUGCAGACUGGCCGUGUCGAGAGACCCUCUGGAUACUCCCCCGCUGAAGUCGACGUUGAGACGUACCUUGCGAAUCUGCAGACGAAGACAACUAUGAGCAUGAUCGCCGACGGUCUCGAGAGGUCUGUUCGCGACUUUGACAACUUUUUAGAGGACAACGUGACGAUGGAGUGGGAGGCCCAGCGCAAGCGGAUUUACGAGCACUUCGGAAUCAAGGCCCGGGAAGAGACUUCUUCUUUCGGACCUGCGGCAUCGACGAGGGAGGCUUCCGGUGGCUUUGGCCGUUCGAGACGAAGCAAGAGCCAGGCGGCUGGAGCCCGCUCUGGCAGAGCCAGUGUGUUGGGCAAGUCUAGCAUGCACCGCUCUGUCAUCGGCAAUGCGAGCAAGAUUGGUUCCCACCAACCCGAAUUCUCUGAUGUCGAUCGUUCAGCCGACAAUGGCGGUUUGUUGACCGGCCACAUCAACUCCGACGACAGGUCCCUACGCGAGAAGCAGAGCAAACUUUCCGAGAAGGUUCGCAACCUCAACCAGGCUCGCCUCACCGCCCACCCGUACCCGAUUCUUUCAGAGCUCGCAGACGUCGAGCACCGCUCUCUGGAUCCAUAUGCGCCACACAUUGUCGAGGCGUACCAUGCGGUGCGAGAGAUUGUUGGGGAAGACCCCGAAGCCGAGACUACCAUCAAUGGUGCCACGGCCAAGGAGCGGCAGUUCGCCAAGAUGUACCUGGACGAAUCCGCCAACUCAUCCAACUCGAUAUCGAUGCGGAAGAGAUUACUGGAUGGCGCCAACAGAUACCUGGAGAAGCAGUUCCUACAAGAGGUUGAGGGACUCAUAUCAAAACAUCCCCACGAAGCCAAUCUCGGUGGUCGUCCCGAUAUCGUCAGCAAGAUCAGAGCCUACAUCCGGUUACGGUCCGCAAGGAAGGAUCUGGUUCCUGACAACACGGAGCUUCAGCAGGUUGGUGGCGAAUAUGUUUGGGCGAUUGUCUUUUACCUUCUGCGGUCUGGUCACGUCAGCGAGGCUGCGAAGUACGUGAAUGAUAACGCCAAUCCCUUCCGUAGCAUUGAUCGCACGUUCCAGAGCUACCUCAACGGCUACGCGUCGAAUGAGGACCGUCGCCUGAAGCGGACUCUGCAGGACAGGUGCAAUGCCGAAUACAGUCAGCGUGUGCGCAACGCUCCUGACAACUCCAUCGAUCCCUUCCGGAUGGCUUGUUACAAGAUUAUCGGUCGCUGUGACUUGAACAACCGGAGCCUGGACGGACUCAACACCGACAUCAACGACUGGAUCUGGCUCCAAUUCAACCUGGCCAGGGAGGGCGACCGCUCUGUGGAGGUGGCUAGCGAGGCGUACGGCCUUUCUGAGCUGCAGUCGAGCAUCAAGGAGAUUGGGGCCAAGCACUUCCCCAAGACCUCUGCCGAGGACAACAGCGGCAGCUUUGGCAUGUUUUUCUACCUUCAGGUCUUGUCAGGCAUGUUCGAGGAGGCGAUUGCAUACCUCUACCCCUUCUCCUAUGUCGACGCAGUCCACUUCGCCAUCGCUCUCGAGUAUUACGGUCUCCUCCGACCUUCCGACCCCUUUAGCGCUUCCAAUGACCUGCGUAGCCUGAACGUCAAGGACUUGGUCCAGAUCAACUUCGGCAGGAUGAUCGGCUACUAUACUAGAGAUUUCAGAGCAGCCGACGUCGUGUCCGCCGUUGACUAUCUGACCCUCAUUUGUCUCAACAUGGACCUGUCCGGCGAGGCUGGCCGUCGCCAUGCCAACCUCUGCUGGGAGGCUUUGCGCGAGCUGGUUCUCGAGACCCGUGAGUUUAGCAAGCUCAUCGGCGACAUCCGCCCCGACGGCCAGCGGAUCCGCGGCAUCAUUGAGGAGCGCGGCUCGCUUAUUGGCCUGACGGAAGAGAACGACUUCAUCAACACUGUCACCGUCCAGGCCGCUAGCUUCGCCGACGAGAACGGCCGCACCACCGACUCGGUCUUGCUCUACCACCUGGCCGGAGAGUACGAUACCGUCGUCUCUAUCGUCAGCCGCGCGCUCAGCGAGGCCAUCUCCCUCGAGAUCGGCGAGGAUCCCAUGCGUCUCAUGCCCGUCAAGCCCCGCGCCGCCAGCCAGGAGGCCGAGAGCAGCCUCAGCCUGGCGUCCAUCGACGACCCCGUCGAGCUGGCCCGCACCAUGAUGUCCAUGUACGAGCGCGAUGCCAUGUUCCACCGCAAGAUCCAGGAGCAGAACCGGGUUGCUUGCCGUGUCCUGCUCGAGAUGAGCACCAUCAAGUCGCUCGUCGAAGCCGGCCAAUGGGCUCAAUGCCUAGAUAAAAUCCGCGGCCUCGAAAUACUCCCUCUCGAUGCCAGCGGCGACCCGAGCAUCAUCCGCGCCUACGCCGCAAAGUUCUCCGGCCUCUCCCAGCCCGUCUCUAUCAACGUGCCAAACCUGCUCAUGUGGACCAUCAUCUGCUGCACGCGCCAACGUGAUCAGCUCACGGGCGGCCAGUUCAGCGGCAAUGAGGGCACUCGCCGCAUGAUGGUCGAGCAGAUGAAGCAGAUGACGCUCGACCUCACCACCUAUACCUCGCAACUGCGCUACCGCUUCCCGCCGCACCUGCACGAGGCCCUAGCCAGGGCUUCUGCCGAGUAG